GAAUGCUAAUGUGCUUGACCCUCGAGUCUCGAUCCUCUCUUCCUCGACUGCAUCUUCCUCUGGCCCUAUCCCCAAAUCUCACCUUCGCCUGCAAGUAAACUCCCAAUUACAGAACUAACUCCAUACGUCGGAUCAUCUGUAUUCCGGCGAGGCGAUCGGCGAUGUCGUAUGCGACGGCGGUCAACGUGAUGCUUGCGGUGCAAGAGAAGAAGGCGUCCGCCGUCGAUAUCUAUCGGCCACUCCGGCAGUACAUCGCCACCACCUACGGCGAGCGCGAGGCGCAGGCGGCGGAGGACGACCUCGAGUCCGUCCGCCAGCUCCGCCUCGACCUCGAAAAGUCCCCCGACGCCGCUGCGAACCCUAACCUCCGUCGGGACAUCCUCCUCUCCUACUACCGCGCCCUCUCCGUCAUCGAGCCCCGCUUUCCUAUCUCUCCUGACCGCGCCCAUGUCCAUUCGCUGACCUUCACCUGGUUCGACGCCUUCAAGCCCAACAAGAAGGCCUCCCAGCAGUCGCUCCACCUCGAGAAGGCCGCCAUUCUCUUCAAUCUUGGCGCUGUUAACAGCCAGAUCGCGCUUUCCGCUGAUCGGACUGAUGCUGCUGGCCUGAAACAGGCUUGCAAUUACUUCCAGAGUGCAGCUGGGGCGUUCGGUUAUCUCAAGGAUCACGCUGCAGGCAGGGCAGCCGCUGGCGGAGCCACUGUCGAUCUCUCCGUUGAAUGCGCUGGGAUGCUGGAGAAGCUAAUGCUAGCGCAAGCUCAGGAGUGUUUCUUUGAAAAGGUCAUUGCCGACGCCAAACCACCUGCCCUCUGCUCUAAGGUUGCUCGCCAGGUUGGCCUCUAUUAUGAGGAAACUCAUGCAACUUUGAAUGCUCCACCACUCAAUCAGCACUUUGAUCGUACAUGGAUCUCUCAUGUACAACUUAAGGCAGCCCAAUACUAUGCAGAAGCUUGCUAUAGAUGUUCGUUGGAUCUUCAUGAGAAAGAAGAGAUUGCUGAAGAAAUUUGUAGGCUCAAGAUUGGGAUUAAUGCCCUUGCUGAUGCAAAAAAAUCUGUAAGGGGUGUUGCUCAACCUUUGCUUGAUGCUGUCAACAAACUAGAGACUAAUAUGAACCGAAACUUGGAGAGAGCUGUGAAGGAGAAUAAUCGGGUCUAUUUGAUGCGGGUUCCUGAAGCAAGUUCCUUGGCUGCUUUACCUGCUGCCUCUCUCGUCAAACCUACUUCGAUGGCUGAAGUAUUUGAUGCUAGCAAGGAGACACUGUUCUCUAGGAUUGUUCCUGACAGCAGCACAAAGGCUCUCUCCAAGUACACUGAUAUGGUAGACAACAUUAUUCGGACACAGGCAGAGAAAUUGCAGCAAGGAAGUGAAAUAGCUAGAGUUAAACUUAAGGAGAUGGACCUUCCUGAGUCUAUCUUAGCCUUGGAAGGUAACUUUAGUUUGCCUGUGGAACUUAAGGAAGAUGUUGAAGCAGUCCAGAUAAGUGGUGGCCCUUCUGGACUGGAAGCUGAGUUACAGCAACUCAGAGACUUGAGGCAAGUUAAUCAGGAGCUCUUGGUUCAGACUGAGGAGUUAUUGCAGAAGGAAUCAAGUGAAGAUGCACAAUUUCGAACCCAAUUUGGAACAAAAUGGACAAGACCUCAAUCAAGCACCCUGACAAAGAACCUGCAGGAUAGAUUGAACAAAUUUGCUGCAAAUAUUAAGCAAGCUGCAGAUAGUGAUGCCAGGAUAGAACGAUCAAUAAGGGACAAUUUGGAACUGAUGGCAAUUCUUAACCGCAGACCGAUUGAAUCUGCAUUACCUAGUCUUGCAAGGCCUAUUAUGUCUUUGGAUGGCAAUGAAGAUGCUAUUGUGGGAGCACUUAAACAGAGCUUGAGGCAAUUGGAGAAUCUUGGUGCACAGAGGGCAGGUCUUGAAGACAUGUUGAAAGAGAUGAAGAGAAAGGAUGAUAUAUUACCAAAGUUGAUGUCAAGCACAGGAUCACAAGAAGAUCUCUUUAGGAAGGAGAUAUCCAAGUAUGAUCAGAUAUGUGGAGAAAUUGCUCAGAAUAUCGAGGCACAGGAGCAAAUAUUGCUUCAAAUUCAGGCACAAAAUGAAGACUUUUCUGCUGUUUUCAAUCUGGAGGAUUACAAAGCUGAUCGUGAGAGGUGCUACAAACAGAUUGCUGCUGCAGUAGCAAAAUAUAGAGAAAUCAAGGAGAACGUCAAUGAAGGGCUGAAGUUUUAUGUUACUCUUCAGGAUGCAAUAACAAAUAUAAAGCAGCAAUGCAGCGAUUUUACAAUGACCAGAAGCAUUCAAUGCCGGGAAAUGAUUGAAGAUGUGCAGAGGCAGUUAUCUGGACUCAGCUUCAAAGCUGAUGUGAGGCCUAGUUAUAAUUAUCCUUCAGCUGAUCAAGCCAGUAUACAAAGGAAUGCUUCUCAACAAUCCGAACUACAAAGCACUCCACAACACCCUCAGGCAGCCUUCCAUCACCGACCUGGGGAACAGCCAAGGCCUGGAUACUCACAUCCCUACCCUGGGUACACCAAUCCUCAGCAGGCUCCUUACUUGGCUCCAACUGGUCAAUACCAGCAUCCACAACAGCCACCCAGCCAUCAAUAUGGGCAACCAGCAUAUCCAGGAUGGCGUGGACCAUACUACAAUGCACACCAACAUCCACAAGGUUCACAUCCCCCGCCUCCCUAUACAAUGCCAUCUCCUUACCCUCCGCCACCUCAUCAGGGAAGCUAUUAUAGACCUCAGUGAAAUAUUGAGCUGAUCAGCUUAUGAAACUCCAUUUUCUCCUCCGCCCUGUGCGAUCAGUCAUGUAUAGGUGGUGUACCAUAUGAGACCCUUGUAGUAUUUCAUGGGCAUAUUUUGUUCAAUAAUUCUUGCAUAGUGUCCAGAAACAUAUUGAGUUUGUUCUACUUUCAUCAUUCUGUUUGGAGUAAAUGGAGAAUUCUGCAAAAUGAUGUUUGACCAAUGUACUUAUUCCUAGUUCCUAGUGUUAUCAAUUUUUUAUGUCCAGCAAAUAAAUAAAUAAAUCUCUUGGUGUGUGUGUUCAGAGAUA